GCCGCCGUCGCCGGGAUGCUUCGCGGGCUCGUCGCCUUCUCCGACCGGGGCAUCUUUCUGGGCCGGAGCCUGGCGCCGCUCCUGGCCGCCCCUUCGCGGGGCCGUAAGACGCGCCACGACCCCAAGGCCAAAUCCAAAGCCGGCAGGAUCAAGGUGCCGCCGCCCGUCGACCCGGCCGAGCUGCUGGUGGUGCUGGGCCGCUACGAGCGCUAUAGGCGGGUAAUGACCGCUCUCAGAGGCGAGUUCAAAGAAGAGGUGCUGCGGAAACAUUAUGCAGAGAAAUAUGGGGAAGUGUGGAAGCAGAGAGAGGAGGCUGCAAACAAGGAGCAUCAACAGCUGAUGGCCUGGAAUGACGCAGAGAACAGGCGUCUACAGGAACGGAGGAAGGAGCGCCUCCGAAAGGAAGAAGCAGCUGAUGAAGAACGCCGACUGCGAGGAGCCCAGAACCGGGCUACCUAUAUGGAAGAAAUUCUCAAGGAGAAGGAGAGAGAGGUGCUCCAGCUGCAGGAAGAAGCCAAGAACUUCAUCACCCCUGAAAAUAUAGAUGAGCGGAUUGAGGAGUGCCUAGACAACCCCCGCAACUACAAUUUUGCCAUUGAUAAGGAAGGAAGGAUAGCCAAGCGGAGCGUCUUGCCUUAGCAACUCAUACCAGAGGAGCCUGGGCGUCCCCGGUAUUCCCUGCCAGAGUGGUUCAGUGUCCUUUCCAUCCAGCUGCCAGAUUCACUUUGAGGGAACCAGGACUGGCUUGCUCAACUUCAUCAGUAGGACUGCUUUGAGACAUUCACCCUGAAAGAUGUAUAUCUUUGGGGUUUUAUACUUCCAGAACAUUGGUGCCCUUCUUGAAGACUUUGUUGCCGUUUUUCCGGAAUAAAAUAAUGGGUUUCUCUUA